GCGCGGCGGGAGGGGCGCUCCACCCCCGCAGCCGGGGUUGAUAAGAGGAGGCGCUGGGUGUCCGCUGCCGUCUGUUACAGGUUCCUUCCCUUGCAGGGUCGGGGCACAGGUGCAGCGCCCGGGGCCUGCACGCUGCAGCUGAUUGGCCGAGCCCGCCGCUGCCUUCCCCCGCUUCGCUGGGCGGCCGGCGCCUGUCACCCGGCGGCCGGAGAUGGGCUCGCGCGCCUCCACGCUGCUGCGGGACGAAGAGAUCGAGGAGAUCAAGAAGGAGACGGGCUUUUCCCACAGUCAGAUAACUCGUCUCUACAGCCGGUUCACCAGCCUAGACAAAGGAGAAAAUGGGACUCUUAGCCGUGAAGACUUUCAGCGAAUUCCAGAGCUUGCCAUCAACCCUCUGGGAGAUCGGAUUAUCAAUGCCUUUUUCCCAGAGGGAGAGGACCAGGUGAAUUUCCGUGGAUUCAUGAGGACUUUGGCCCACUUCCGACCCAUUGAAGAUAAUGAAAAGAGCAAAGACCAGAAUGGACCAGAACCACUCAACAGCCGGAGUAACAAGCUGCACUUUGCUUUUCGACUAUAUGACCUGGAUAAAGAUGACAAGAUAUCCCGAGAUGAGCUACUUCAGGUAUUACGAAUGAUGGUUGGUGUAAACAUUUCAGAUGAGCAGCUUGGGAGUAUUGCUGACAGGACAAUCCAGGAGGCUGAUCAGGAUGGAGACAGUGCCAUCUCCUUCACAGAGUUUGUCAAGGUUUUGGAGAAGGUGGAUGUAGAGCAGAAAAUGAGCAUUCGGUUUCUUCACUGAUAGAUGGGAGACAUGUUCCUUAUCACUCCGAAUUUUAAAGGACUAGAACUCUACUUUCUUCCCACCAUCUUUUCCUUUCGUGUUGCUAAUGGUGCAUGAAAAACAUGUCUGCAGCCUCAUCAGCUUGUUCCAC